UAAAUGUCAAUUAUUUUGUUGACCUUCGCUACAUAAGAACUAACUUUUGUGGCUGUUGGGCAGGAGAUCGUCGCUGAGCCAUCGCCAUAUUAGGCUGAAUUCGACAUCCAAGUGGGCCAAAUUCGACAUUGAUUUGGGCUUAGGCCCAUUUAUUUUUAUUUUUUUUGUAAGAACCAUUGAACAAAAUCAAACUCUUCUUUUCAUUUUCAAAUAAAUAAAUAAAUUCACUCAAAAUCCAGUUUUUCCAACCAAACAUACACUAUAAAAACAAGAAACCCUCGGUUGAUUUUCUUCACUAUUUCUCAAUUCCAUUUCAAUGGAUUCAAGCUCUAGCGAAAUAGCUCAGGAUCUCUCACCCCUACUCAAAAUCUACAAAGAUGGUCGCAUAGAGAGACUCUUAGGAUGUGAAAUCAUUCCCCCAUCUUUUGAUCCAACAACAAACGUUGAAUCAAAAGACAUCUUAAUCUCAAAAGACCAAAACAUCUCCGCAAGAAUCUUCAUUCCUAAACCCAACAACAAAAAUCCAAUCCAAAACCUUAAAAAACUCCCUCUCCUUGUUUACUUCCAUGGUGGUGGUUUCUGCAUAGAAACAUCAUCAUCACCACAGUACCACAAUUUCCUCAACUCCAUUGUUUCUCAAGCUCAAAUAAUAGCAGUUUCAGUUGAUUACAGAAGAGCACCAGAACAUCCUCUUCCUAUUGCAUACGAAGAUUCAUGGACUUCUCUCAAAUGGGUCGCUUCUCAUUUAAAUGGAAACGGUUCUGAUGAAUGGAUAAAUCGUUAUGCCGAUUUUGAGAAAGUGUUCUUAGCUGGAGAUAGUGCUGGAGCAAACAUUGCACACAACGUGUGUAUUCGUGUUGGAACUGAAGGACUUCAUGGGAUUAAUGUUGAAGGGAUUGUUUUGGUUCAUUCUUUUUUCUGGGGUGUGGAAAGGAUUGGAUCCGAAACUAAACAAUCUGAACAUUUGGAUUUUGUUGAUAAUUUGUGGCGGUUUGUGUAUCCGACAAGUUUGGGAUCCGAUGACCCGUUGUUGAAUCCGGGUUUUGAUUCGAAUUUGGGGAAGUUGAGUUGUAAGAGAGUGUUGGUUUGUGUUGCUGAGAAUGAUUUGUUGAAGGAUAGGGGUUGGUAUUAUAAAGAGUUGCUUGAGAAAAUUGGUUGGGGUGGUGUUGUUGAAGUGAUUGAGACAAAAGGUGAAGGACAUGUUUUUCAUCUGUUUAAUUCAAAGUGUGAUAAUGCUGUCUCUUUGUUUAAUCAAAUUGCUUCCUUUAUUAAUCAUAGUGGUUAAGUUAUGUAUGUAGUUUUGCGGAACAAAUUAGUAUGAUUAUAUGAAUAAUGUAAUUUAAAUGGUCAUUUGAGGACUAUCUAGUUAACAUCCUCUAAGCACUUGUUUGUUUUAUGUCUAUUGUGAAUUGUGCAGCAAUUUAAUUUUAGCAACAGCUCAAGACAUUAUAUUAUA